CUGCCCGGCCGGCCUAGGCCCGGCCCAGCCCGGCCCCGGGUCCGCCGCUGCCCGCGGGCGGGGGCGCCGGGCAGCCGGGGAGAUGCGCGGUCCCUGGCCCCGAGAGGCGGCCGUCCUGGGGCGCCCCCGUCUUCAUGAUUUGGGACUCGACGGGGAGACCCAAAGAGAAGCGAGAUUCAGCACUCGACGGGGCGGACAGCACUCCCAGUGGCUGACCGUCGGGAUGGAGGUGAGAAGACGGCCGUGAGGCGCGCCCGUGCGGCCCCCUGCACCCCCAGCGACCCGCAGCGCGCCCUGCCCCCCUCCCCCGCGGCGGCCAGCCUUGCCGUCCAGUGACAGCGGCCUGGGGGGGCAGGGGGGGCGGGGACGGCCGGACCAGCGAUGCCGGCGGGCAUGACGAAGCAUGGCUCCCGCUCCACCAGCUCGCUGCCCCCAGAGCCCAUGGAGAUCGUGCGCAGCAAGACGUGCUCGCGCCGCGUCCGCCUCAACGUCGGGGGGCUGGCGCACGAGGUGCUGUGGCGCACGCUGGACCGCCUGCCGCGCACACGCCUGGGCAAGCUCCGCGACUGCAACACGCACGACUCGCUGCUCGAGGUGUGCGACGACUACAGCCUUGAAGACAACGAGUACUUCUUCGACCGCCACCCGGGCGCCUUCACGUCCAUCCUCAACUUCUACCGCACCGGGCGGCUGCACAUGAUGGAGGAGAUGUGCGCGCUCAGCUUCAGCCAGGAGCUCGACUACUGGGGCAUCGACGAGAUCUACCUGGAGUCCUGCUGCCAGGCCCGCUACCACCAGAAGAAGGAGCAGAUGAACGAGGAACUCAAGCGCGAGGCCGAGACGCUGCGCGAGCGCGAGGGCGAGGAGUUCGAUAACACCUGCUGCGCUGAGAAGAGGAAGAAGCUCUGGGACCUUCUGGAGAAGCCCAACUCCUCCGUGGCUGCCAAGAUCCUUGCCGUGAUUUCCAUCAUGUUCAUCGUCCUCUCCACUAUUGCCCUAUCACUCAACACACUGCCUGAACUGCAGAGUUUUGACGAGUUUGGCCAGACCACAGACAACCCCCAACUGGCCCAUGUGGAAGCUGUGUGCAUUGCCUGGUUCACCAUGGAGUACCUGCUGCGAUUCCUCUCCUCACCCAAGAAGUGGAAGUUCUUCAAGGGCCCACUCAAUGCCAUUGACUUGUUGGCCAUUCUACCAUAUUAUGUCACCAUUUUCCUCACCGAAUCCAAUAAGAGUGUGCUGCAGUUCCAGAAUGUUCGCCGAGUAGUCCAGAUCUUCCGCAUCAUGCGUAUUCUUCGAAUCCUUAAGCUUGCACGCCACUCCACUGGCCUCCAGUCCUUGGGCUUCACCCUGAGGAGGAGCUACAAUGAGUUAGGUUUGCUCAUUCUUUUCCUUGCCAUGGGCAUUAUGAUCUUCUCCAGCCUUGUCUUCUUUGCUGAAAAGGAUGAGGAUGAUACCAAAUUUAAAAGCAUUCCAGCCUCUUUCUGGUGGGCCACCAUCACUAUGACAACUGUUGGGUAUGGAGAUAUCUACCCCAAGACUCUCUUAGGGAAGAUUGUGGGAGGACUCUGCUGCAUUGCGGGUGUUCUGGUUAUUGCUCUUCCCAUUCCCAUCAUUGUCAAUAAUUUCUCUGAGUUCUAUAAGGAGCAGAAGAGGCAAGAGAAAGCAAUCAAGAGGAGGGAGGCUCUAGAAAGAGCCAAGAGGAAUGGUAGCAUCGUGUCCAUGAAUAUGAAAGAUGCAUUUGCCCGGAGCAUUGAAAUGAUGGACAUUGUGGUUGAGAAAAAUGGAGAAAAUAUAAGUAAGAAAGACAAAAUUCAAGAUAACCACUUGUCCCCCAAUAAAUGGAAAUGGACAAAGAGGACAUUGUCUGAAACCAGCUCAAGUAAGUCCUUUGAAACCAAGGAGCAGGGAUCCCCUGAGAAGGCCAGAUCAUCUUCUAGUCCUCAGCAUCUGAAUGUCCAGCAGUUGGAAGACAUGUAUAAUAAGAUGGCCAAGACUCAAUCUCAACCUAUCCUCAAUACCAAGGAGUCUACAACACAGAGUAAACCAAAGGAAGAACUUGAAAUGGAGAGUAUCCCCAGCCCUAUAGCCCCUCUGCCAACUCGUACAGAAGGGGUCAUUGACAUGCGAAGCAUGUCAAGCAUUGAUAGCUUCAUUAGCUGUGCCACAGACUUCCCUGAAGCUACUAGAUUUUCCCAUAGCCCUUUAGCAUCACUACCCAGCAAGGCUGGGAGCAGCAUGGCCCCAGAGGUAGGUUGGCGGGGAGCUCUGGGUGCCAGUGGUGGUAGGUUUGUAGAGGCCAACCCCAACCCAGAUGCCAGCCAUCGUUCUGCUUUCUUCAUUGAGAGCCCCAAGAGUUCCAUGAAAACCAACAAUCCCUUGAAGCUUCGAUCAUUUAAAGUCAACUUCAUGGAGAGGGAUCCCGGCCCACUAGUCCCAGGUCUGGGGAUGUACCAUGACCCUCUUAGGAACCGGGGGAGUUCUGCAGCUGCUGUUGCUGGACUAGAGUGUGCCACACUCUUGGACAGGCCUAUGCUAAGUCCAGAAUCUUCCAUCUACACCACAGCAAGUGCUAGAACACCCCCCCGGUCACCUGAGAAACAUACAGCAAUAGCAUUCAACUUCGAAGCAGGUAUCCAUCAGUACAUUGAUGCAGACACAGAUGAUGAGGGACAGGUGCUCUACAGUGUGGACUCUAGUCCUCCUAAGAGCCUCCAUGGAAGUAGCAGUCCCAAGUUCAGUGUUGGGACAAGAUCAGAGAAAAACCACUUUGAAAGCUCCCCCUUGCCCACCUCCCCUAAAUACUUAAGGCAGAACUGUAUUUACUCUACAGAAGCAUUGACUGGAAAAGGCCCCAGUGGUCAAGAAAAAUGCAAACUCGAGAAUCAUAUCUCCCCUGAUGUCCGAGUAUUACCUGGGGGAGGAGCUCAUGGAAGCACACAGGAUCAGAACAUUUGAACUACCUUGCAUAAUGGAGAGAUUUGUGGCAAGGCCCAAAGAGAAAUGCUGUUUAGCUUACCUGCCACAGAGCUUUUCUGCAUGAACUCUGAAAGAGAAAGGCUCUGCAAAGUCCCCCAGAAAGAAGAGAGUCUGCAGAGAAGGCUCCCUAAGAACUUGAGAGCCAUGACAGGUCCACCAGAAUGGAGUUGGCCAAGCCAUCAAAUAUGGCACCUCCUUGUAACAACUCUACUGCCCUCUUUGGGAGAUGACAUGAGCAGAACUCACAGCUACCACUCCUACCACAUUCUAGAAGUAAUCAAGGCCACUUCCUUCCCAUUCUUUUCUCAUGGCUCUCUAUCACAGCCUCUGGGGGCAACAUCUCCAUCCCACCUAGCUUCAGCUGGAGAAGGACACUGGAACAAGUGGCUGGAAUUGAAAGGGUGGGUUGACAAAUUUGGUAUCAUUUGUUGUCUGAUCACCUCUAAAACUACAGUCCAUCAACUCCUGGAUGGAUCCAGAUUAGAAGGACACAUGACGAAAUGUGUCAUGCGACAUGUGUCAUACUACAUGUGUCAUGAGGAAAGGCUACGUGUGUCAUGAGGAAAUUUGCGCCAUAAGCCACAAUCCCAGCGCAAAACCCUUAUUAUUCAAAUGUCUUCAUUGACUUUAGUAUUCCAUAGUACCUGAAAUUUUAUUUUGAGAUAUCAUCAGGGUGAGUUGCACCACUUAUACUCAAUUGUGUUUGCCCCCUGGCAAUCUGGGAAAGGUUCAGAAAGUGGGCACUCAGCCAACAGUAUGAACUCUGAGCAUUGCUUUAGGGUUGUAGAAGGAAAAGGCUUUCUGUACAUCACUAGUGUAGACUCAAAAUAUAUGCAAGUGUCAAAUAUGCAAAAGUAUAGCUUAUUCAAAGAGACUGUAUGUUCCUGAAGAACAGAAUAAAAUCUGAUUUUUUUUUAUCUGCAAAAACAAAAGGGGAAAAAAAAUCCCCAGUUGAAAUGCCCAGUUCAGACUUUUGAAUACUUCCUGAUGCUGAAGGGAAAGUAUCUACUAUAAUAGAUAUUCUUUUUUUCUUCUUCCUUUUUUUUUUUUUGGUUUUGUUUCUGUAGUAUUCAAGUUUUAAAAAAAAAGUUGAAUAAAAAGCACUUUAUGUUUUUCAAAACAUAGGUUCUACCAGGGACAGUGUCAACAUCUUGCACUUUAAAAUAAGCACUAUUUCCCAUGGGCUACGUACUGGGACUACAGUGGGUUUGUGGUACAUGCCUGUGUCUGGCCACAGUGGGCAAUAUUGUACUGGUAUCACUGUCUGCCAUGUCAAAGUCUAUGGGCUCCUUUCUGCCCCUCUGAAGCUCUCCUUCAUCCCCUUAAUCAGAAAGUGUACUUGGCCCUUGAGUAGGGCCUUUCAUAAAGUCACAUGUACAGAAAUCAUGUACACCUCAGAAGAAUUCAGCAGACAGUUGGGCAUUUGGGUGUUUUACUCUGUUCUUUUUCUUGUCAACCAGCUGUGGUGUGUCUUCAGUGUCACUGUCUGUACUAAAAGCACUCCUUUCUGAAGUCAUCAAUGCAGCCAGUACAGGCAAAAGCAAUAAGUAUAUGUAUGCAUCAUGAGUGGUUCUGGUGUAUUUCUUGGAAUUGGUCUUCCUGUCUUAUAUUGAUGACCUAUCAUUGCCCUAUCUGAUUUUUGUUCAACAGCACAGUAUUGUUGUCCAUUUCUUACUUCAGUGGCAUUGGGUUGAGCCACUAGUUAGCACCAUGUCAAGCUGUUGGACCAUCGGUAAAGAUGACUUGUUAUUGAUCUGCUUGUCUUUAGUACAAUGGAACAAUGUUGUAGUCUUAAUCCCACUACCAUAAUGUAAAUCUGUCAAUCCUUAAUACAGUGACAGGCACAUGUGUUCAAAAUAUGAUGUGUUUCACCUGUCCUUCAUUCAACAUGCUGUUAGUCUGAUUUUUAGUACAAUGGUACCACCCACUUAUCAGUAUACAUAUGUCACAGGGCCAUUCUGCCAGUCCUCUGUACAAUGGCAUAAGGUGGGGCUACCUGUCACAGAUAGGAUGGCACGGAGUCAUUUCACUGACCUUAAAAGUAUUCGUUCUCUACAAAGACACCAGGUUCAUACUGCUUCUCAGCAUCACCAAGGAUUGUAAGAUCCCUCCAAGAAGAUACAGACCUAUUCUUUGCUUCAGUAACAAAGAAAAUGAGUGCUGAAAUAUCUUGACUCAUCCAAGUUAUCUUCAGAGUACCUCCGCAGCAAAAACAAAAGGACUUGAUGGACAGGGAGAGGGAGAGAUCUUUCUGUGCUAGUGGCACACCAGAAUGAAGGAGCAGCUGCAUUUUCGAGGUGUUUUGUUGAGCACACAAUUGGGGUCAGGGUUUGUGGUCGAAUGAUCGUGGAACAGUCCUCCCCAGACCAUUACAUGUGUCUCUUCUUUGUUUUCAUCACCAUUUACGUCCACCAUCAGCACAAAUGUGAAAAUUCAGGGAAAACAAAACAAAUGCUUUUUGAUAAAAGUAAAUAGUUGUGAUUUCCGAUUCAGAUAUUUUUAGAGCUGAUGCUAUCUGUAAAAAUUAAUAAUUAUUAUAAUAUAGUCUAUUUUACAUAUCAGGAAAGUGACAUGUUUAAAUAUAGCCAUAUAUAGUGAGAAGGAACUUAACACCCCUUCUUCAAACUGAGGCAUUUCAUUUGUUAGUUGAAGCAGAUGAGAAAUGUACAGAUUGGAAAUGUUUUUUUUUCCUUUUUUUUUUUCUUUCAACAAUAACCAAUUGGUGCAACUCUCCUUGUAACCAAAGGCCCUUUCUGCCUUGUGUGGUCAUGCAGGACCUAGCCCUUCCUUCCUCUUGUAUUUUGUCUGACCUUAAAGUAGCAUUUUAUUGAGUCACUUUUGAAGGAUGAAUUCAGAAGUAUCAUUAAGAACCUACUUUUUCAGGCUUAAUAGCCAGAGUCCUAUAGAGUUCUUAUAGAAACAGAAUAACUGAAACUCAGCAUAUACUAUGCUUAGAAAGUAUUGUGAUUUGUUUUUGUUUUGUUUUGUUUUCUUUACUUGUGUAUGUAUUAUAGGAAUGUAAGUUUUUACCCUGUGCCCAAUUAAAAAUAGAGUAUUGUAGGUUUUCCCUGGCCCCCACCUGCCAAAAAGGAACAUGCCCAUAUUUUACUAUGUAAACACUCUUCCUGAACCUGUGUACAUGCACUGGGAAAUCUACCUGAGUCUCCGCUGAGAGACGGGUCUUGACAGAAAGGUGAAAAGCAAUGAUUUUUGAGGCAAGUGCUGCUUUAACUUGAUGGUCCAUUUCCCACCUAUUCCUGAACCAGUGAAUGAAGAAAACCCCAAAUCAACUAGAAGGAAGGAAACCAGAAGUUGGAGAUGGACAGACGCCUGGACCCUUUAGCAUAUCAGUGAAACUCACCAAGCCAGCCAAACUUGAGUUAUAACUUACACCAUUAACAGCAAGGGCUAGGGACCAGGUAGCCAUGUGUCCCAAUCAGAAGGCAAGAAGCCACAACCAGUGGACAGAGGUGAGCAAGCUCUAGAGAAGACAGUUUAUCUACCUUUUCAUCUUUGGGUAAAGAAAAACAACAGGACUUUGGUGCAGUAGAUUUCUCAGUGCCUUCUUUAGGAAUUUUAAGCACACUUAAUGGGGAAAGAAAAAUAGGAGAGAGCCUUGGUUCCCGUGUGGCCCCUUUGCCUAGCAGCAUUGGGGAAUCAAGAAGGAAGAAGAAACUGGGGAAAUAACAGAAUCCUGAGGAGGCCAUUUCCUUCCAACCCACCCAGUUGUCCCUGAGAAUUGAUGGUGAUACAAACUUUUUCAAACUGAUUACCUACUUCUCCUCCAAUGUGUCUUAGUAACUGUAGCCUCAUCCCUGCCCUUUCUCCUAAUAAGAUUUCACAUUUCUAAGAAGAAAAAAAAAACAGUAUUCUCUUCUGUAAAUCUGUAAUGUAUUGUCUAUGUUUUGUAAUUAUUGUAUAUUUCUGUCUUGCUCCAAGUCAUGGCUGGAGUGUCUGAUCCAUGGGCAUGGGGAAAUUUUAAAUUCGCCACAGGCAAGUAUCACUAAAGCCAGGUUGAUCUCUCUCCUUACUUCUCUGCCAACUCGUCUCAAGUAACAUAACCCUGAGCUUCAUCCUCCAGUUUAAAAACUUGGAAUCAGAUGAGAAUUGAUGAAAUACCUCUAGGAUGGGGAUCCUUUGAGAAAGGACAUGUGUUCUGUGGCUUCCAAUUUGGCAAGAAGAAGAAGGGGGCUCCCUUGAGUGCCCUGGCUGGACUGUGGAGAGCCUCCAGCCCCAACUGGAAGUUUCCUCACCUCUCACCGCAUAUAUAACAGCAUCCAAAUGCUUUCAUUCAGCCAGGGUGACCUAAACUAGGCCUGGCUACAUCCAGAAAUAAGAGUUACCUCUAUAGUUUCUGUUGCCAUUGUUCUAAAUCUAGAAGUAUCUGAUGCACAACCAUGUCAUAGGAUGCCCACACAUCUCAGAGUGGUCUAUUUUUCUGUUCAGAUAAAUAUAAAUAUAUAUGUA